AUGGGCGCGUGGUGGAUACGUGCCACCACAGCCGUCCACUGGUGCCAGAACCUGGCGUUGUAUUGGUGGCAUGGGACUGUCAUGGACACUCUUUCUGGAUACAAGUCGACGAUUUCUGUUGGCCUAGGCACGCUUACAUUGCAAAUGUCCAAGGCCAGCCAUGACGUACUGGAGCGCUACAGCGAGAUGGUGCAGAAUACCUCAUACGAUCUCAAAAUCCAUCUGCAGCGCAUUGACGAAAAGAUGGCGCUGUUGACGUCUGAGAUUCCCAACACAUCUGACAUUGACCUUGAAGACGAGCGAGCAGUGACUUCGCACUGCAUUCGCAUAUGCGAGGAUGCUCAGUCGUAUCUCGACUCUUUGAUUGAGCAAGAGCGCCAGGCCCAGGUGCAAACGCCGCCACCGGAUCUCGCGGCGACUGAGUCGCCUUAUCUCGAAGUGCGCCGCGAGACACACAAGAUCCUCGGCGAGAACCGAGAUAGCAUCGCCGAACACAUCGGUCGUCUCCGAGAGCGCCUAGAACGGCUGGCGUCGGAUGGGAACUCUGGCGGCGAGCUGGGGAGGAAUCAAUUAGAACAGGACAUCAGGGCUUCGGUUCAAUGUCUAGAGGUCUGCAAACUUGCCUCUGGUGAGGUGUCCCGUCAGAGGAUACACACCAUUGGCGAGGUCAUCGCCGAUGGGGAUAGCGAUCAAGUUGUCGUCACAACGUGGGCAGACGUUUUCGACGUCAAAAAGGCGCUAUCAAAGGGCAGGUCGGCGCAGUUGAUCGGUUCGAUGACGGACGAAUCGCUCCGCCAAGUGUCGCAAGACCGAUAUCGAAGUCGUUUCGGCUCGUCGGCUCGGACUGAAACCGACGUGAGUACCUCGGAUGCCAGCGUCGACAGUUCAAGCACGCAUGGCCACCUCUCGCAUCAGGACGCUCUUGACAGCCGGCGACGAAAACCUGAUGCCAGAGCCAGGGCAGGUCCUAAUGAGACGAGGAAAAGGACGAUGGAAGGAGAAUAG